AUGGCGGAUCUGAAAGGGAAAGGGAUUUGCUACGAGGAAGAUGACGAGCCCAUUCAAUUAACAGAUCAGGGAGAUUCUCCCACCAUCCGCGAUUACAAGCUUUCUCUCAUCGGCAAGGUACUGAACCCUAAGAAACAGUCUGUGGUGAAGCUCAUCCAGACCAUGCCAGCGCAGUGGGAGAUGCAGGACAAAAUCACUGCUAAUGAUCUUGGUAAUGGCAAGUUUCUUCUGAACUUUGCGACAGAAGAGGAUCUACAAUCUGUCCUUAGGCAAGGUCCCUUCCACUAUAACUUCUGCAUGUUUGUGUUAGUUCGUUGGGAGCCAGUGGUUCACGAUGAAUACCCUUGGAUCAUCCCGUUUUGGGUCGAGAUCACGGGCAUUCCUCUACAUCUCUGGACGAUUGGAAAUCUCAAAAACAUUGGGAAAAGACUAGGCCAUAUUGAUACGGUGGAACUGUCUGCAGGACGCAUGCUUAUUGAUGUUGAUACUAGGAGGCCUCUCACUUUCAAGAGGAAGAUUGCAUCGCCAGAAGGUGAUGAAGUUUGGAUUCAGAUACAUUACGAGAGGCUAUUCAAGUAUUGUAAGACCUGUCGAAUGCUUACUCACGAGGAGGCUCUUUGCCCAACGAAGGUAACGCCUUUGGCAGUCCAAGGAGAGCGAUCUGAUGUUUUCUCCAGGGUACAGCUCCCGGCAAAUGUAGAAUCUCGACAGUCUUUGCUGCGAGAUAAAGAGAGAGAGAGAGUAGGUAUGGCAGAGAUGGCUAUGGCAGAAGAGAUCGCCGUAGUAGAUCACCUCUGA